AUGGCUUACCGGGUGGCAGUCAACGAUCCUGGCAAUUUCGAUAGCUCAUCCAUCUCUUGGGCUGAUAAUAACCGAAAAGUUCUAGGAUACGAUGAGAUUCGAGGUUCUGAAGGCAUCUUUUCUCCAGCUGUUGAUCCAUACAGUUGGGUGGACAGGAAUAAACACACUAGCGGCUCACGAGAAGGACAAGCAUUUGGCAUCUAUCUCUACACAGCUUAUCGUGAUUGUGUGGCUGCUGGAGUUUUUGCUAAGCCUUCUCCAUCCUCCACCACUAUCUCAAAGUCCGGUAUUGGGCCACAUGGGACGCUGACUGUUCUGCACGCACCGGUCAUAUUCACUGCUGGGGUCUGCUUCAACUGGAUUGCCAUGCAGUCCCUCCAAAAGCUGCGACACGGAUAG